CCGGCGAUUUCUACCCACUUUUUGAGCAUGCAUUGGCUACUUUCCCCUGAAAAGAGUUGGCAACACUAGCUGGAAAACAGUCAACCCAAUCUGGCAACCUGUUUUAUAACCAAUAGCGCGCGGGAGCAGGAGGAGUACUUAUAGCGGUGAGAUUUAAACGGUUGCCAUAGCGAAGCGCGGUGCAGCCUGUCGCGCGCUCUGACCGGAGCGAUGCCGCCGAUCCCGGGUCCGAGGCCUCAGGGAUGAUCCGCGUGCAGGGUGGCCGUGCAGGGUGAAGCUGCUGCGGAGGUGCAGGGUGAAGCGCAGGGUGAAGCGCAGGAUGCCUGGGCUGGAGCUCUUGCUGAUUGUCGCCGUGUGUCUGGUUGCUGUGGAGGAGUGCAGGAGUUACAGUGCAGCGCGUGAGAAACGCUGGACCGGAGCUGAGACCGAGAAACGGGGAGCCCCUCUGGCGAAGAAGCCCCCAGAUGUGACCAAAUCCAGGAAGGUGAAAACAGAGCAGCUACUCAGGGUGGAUGAUCAUGACUUCACCAUGAGACCGGCAUUUGGAGGUCCUGCUAUUCCUGUGGGCGUCGACGUCCAGGUCGAAAGCUUGGACAGUAUUUCAGAAGUAGAUAUGGACUUCACCAUGACCUUAUACCUUAGACACUACUGGAAGGACGAGCGUCUGUCCUUUGCCAGCACCACGAACAAAAGCAUGACUUUCGACGGACGCUUGGUGAAAAAGAUCUGGGUGCCUGAUGUGUUUUUUGUGCACUCGAAGAGAUCCUUCAUCCACGACACCACCACUGAGAACAUCAUGUUGAGGGUUUUCCCAGACGGCCAUGUUCUCUACAGUCUGAGAGUGACGGUUACAGCCGCCUGUAACAUGGACUUCAGCCGCUUUCCUCUGGACUCGCAGACAUGUUCUCUAGAGCUCGAGAGUUAUGCUUACACAGAUGAAGAUCUGAUGUUGUACUGGAAGAGCGGGGAUGAGUCUCUGAGCACAGAUGACAGGAUCUCCCUCUCUCAGUUCCUCAUCCAGAAGUUUCACACUACCUCUCGUCUGGCUUUCUACAGCAGCACAGGCUGGUACAACCGGCUGUACAUCAACUUCACACUGCGGCGUCACAUCUUCUUCUUCCUGCUGCAGACGUAUUUUCCAGCCACGCUCAUGGUCAUGCUGUCCUGGGUUUCCUUCUGGAUCGAUCGCAGAGCCGUGCCAGCCCGAGUCUCCCUGGGUAUCACCACGGUGCUCACUAUGUCCACUAUCAUUACCGGCGUGAAUGCCUCCAUGCCCCGAGUGUCCUACAUCAAAGCUGUGGACAUUUAUCUGUGGGUCAGCUUCGUGUUUGUUUUUCUCUCCGUCCUUGAGUACGCCGCAGUCAACUAUCUUUCCACUGUACAGGAUAGGAGAGAGCGCAAACUCCGAGAACGAGUCCGAGCACAGUCGUUGUCCUGCUCAUGUGGCCUGUCCCACACCAGAACCAUGAUGCUGGACGGGACGUGCAGCGAGGCGGACACCAACAGCCUGGCCGGCUACACCGAUGCUCCCAUGAUGCCUCAGGAGAUGGAGAAACGUGAGCACAUGGUGGUGCACUUGUCAGUCAGCAAUGCCUCCACGGCUACCAAGAAGAAGGGUCUGCGCAACUUCAGCAUAGUCCAGAACACACACGUCAUCGACAAGUACUCGCGCAUGAUCUUUCCAGGAUCCUACAUCUUUUUCAACCUCAUAUACUGGUCUGUUUAUUGCUGAUGUGCAGAUGUGUCUGGGACAUGAAGACUCGAUGACCACAUCUGGUCAAUUUUUGUGUUGACGUUUAAGACUGACAUUUACCCUUGUCAGAUUUUUAUUAUAAUUUUUCACAGAGACCUUCAGAUUUUUUUUCCUGUGUCAUAUUUCCUGGAUUUGUUUUCUUUCGCCCGUUCCAGCUCCGCCCUGCACACGCCCCCUUUUCACUUUCUGCAAAUGUUUAUUUUAUUAUCAUGUUUUUUUCUCUUUAACUGCAGAACCAAAAGUCUAGGGGGUGGAGCUGGACCUGAUACGACUCCUCCUACAAGCCAACUCAUAACCCUUAUUCCUAACACACAACACAAAACAACACACAACGCGGUACAACGCAAAACAACGCACUUACACGUAUCCAGCCUGAAACACAUGAAGCUGUCUCCAUCUCCUAGACUUUUAGCUCGACUCCACCCAGGGAGGAGGAGCUAAAUCAGGUCUGACUCCACCCAUGAGCUUUGUUCUGCAUUGAUGUGUACUUCAUCUGAGGCCAGUAUUAAAUGCAUAAAUAUUACAAAAUUAAUGUAUUAAUAAUUUUUGUCUCUAUAAAGUGCAAGAAAGCAAACACAUCAGAUGACACAGGACACAGAGACACUGCUUAGCAUAAGCACUGAAAUUUUUAUGGAUAAAAUUAUGAUUUUACUUAAAGUAAGCUGUAAAUGUAGCAGAUGAGUGCAUGGUCAGCUUAUCCUUCAAACCACAUUUUUGGGUACAUUUUAUACAGAGAGUGAGUGCAUCAAAAUAGUGAAUUAAAAGUAAAAGCGUGAUUCAGUCCUGCUCACACAUUAUAAUUUCAAGACCUUGAUUUAGUAUCUUGUGGCUUUGGUAAGUUUUGGGCACAACUAACUGUUAAUGUACAAUAUAAAAAGAUAAAAUGCAAAAUAAUAGCUGGAUCAAGUGCUAUUUUAUAAGCUGUCAGAAAAUAAGGAUGGAAGCCAUUUUGUUCAAUUAAACCAACAUACUGGCAAUAUACUAGACUCCUAUUAGAUGGUUGCCAUCUUCUCAUUCAUGUAUCAUAGUAUUAGUCUUUUUUUUUAUUUUUCAUUUGGAAAUGUCUCAUGCUUUCAUGUUACAGUGCAUUACAUUUGAUGGAAAAUCUCCUUUCCUUGGAGGCAUGAACUACACACAGGAAAUUUUAAUAAUCAGAAGCAGCUGCGUAACCCGUUUCUGAAUAUGAGGAACUUUCCCCUUGUAAAUAUUGAUGUAAUCUUUGGAAUUAAGUUACUAAUUCAUUUCAGAAUUAAAAUUCAGUUCAUCAUUUAGUCUAAAAAAUACCAAAGAAGAAAGUAAAAAAAAAUACCCAGAUGAUUGAAGUGUCAAAUAAAAAACGAAGACGUUCCAUAGAGUUGAGAUUUUAAAAGAGUCCAUCUUUCCUAAGAACAUCAAAACAGGUUGCCUGAUCUUUUAAAAAGUAGCUACACAACUCUUUUGUACAGUAACCAUUUUUUCAGUGUAAAAUGAUCCAUAAGAUCUAUGAUCCACUGAUUAAACAUAACACAUGACUUACAUAAAAGUGUGUGAAGUACACAAUUCGAGAUACAGCUGUAAACUUUCAUUUAAUCGGAAUGAGUCCUUACACCUCAUCAGGUGCUUAACUUAUUUCUUGUAUCUUAUCAGAUGUUAUUGGAGCAUUUGUGUAAAUGAUUGUUAGUAUAAGAGGUGGAUUGUUAUUAGUAAUUUUUGUUAGUCUGCUUUCCUGCUGUGUUAUUUAUCAAAUUUUAGAUUAAAUGGAUCACUUAUAUAUGGUAUACUACGCUGCAGACAGAUGUGUGCACUGCUGGAUUUGAUGUGUCUAUGUGUACAUAUUUCUACGACAUGCUUUUCUUAUUUGAGUGUUUGAAAUAAAUAAUAAGGAAAGCUCCUCA